UCCCCCCCCCCUCCCACUUUCUUCACGUUGAUGAACACAUCUCCAAGGCGUGUGUUCGGUUGCCCUGUUCCGUCCUUGUCCAGCCUCGGCGUCCUGCUCCCAUGCUUUGAGUCCGCUCCGGUUGGAGACAGUUCACCAUGUCCACCGGGUCUCUCAGCGAUGUCGACGACGAGCUCCUGGACGGCAUCCUUAAGUUUGGCUCCUCCGGCAAAGACUCCAACGAGAGCACGGAGGAGAGCUCCAACUGCGAGGGCGCCGGCGCAAACGACGCGCCGGGCAAGAAACGGAAGACAGCGUCCCGGAAAACGGCACCCAAGGGUGUGGCGCAGCAGGAGGGCAAGCACGGACAGAGAAACGCGGCCAACGCCCGGGAGAGAGCCAGGAUGCGCGUCCUGUCCAAAGCAUUCUCCCGCCUGAAGACGACCUUGCCCUGGGUACCGGCGGACACCAAGCUCUCCAAACUGGACACACUGCGCCUGGCGUCCAGUUACAUCGCGCACCUCCGGCAGAUAUUGGCCAAUGACAAAUAUGAAAACGGAUAUAUCCACCCCGUUAACCUGACGUGGCCCUUCAUGGUGGCAGGUAAGCCGGAAAACGACUUGAAGGAGAUGCUGAACACGACGAGGUUGUGUGGAACGACGGCCUCAUAACGAAACCCGGCGGACACACCCGUGCGUUUUUUUUUUUUCAAGGGACCAUAAGUAUCCAAGGCCGAAAAAAAAAAAAGAUUGUGACGGACUUGAACGUCUCAUCUCGGCCGCCUUUGAGUGGGAAUAACGGAGAGACGUCUCCUUCGUUCCCGUAAUGACAAGUUCAAUUUUAUUUAAAUGCAUUCUGUCACCUAACGUUGUCUUUGCUGGUUCAAAGAUCAACUGCGUGCUUUUUUUUGGUUAUACAGCGCAGAUGCAUUUUUUACUCAUGCGGGCCUUUUUUUUUGGCAGCUGCAUUAUGAUGGAUGGAUGUGCACAUGAAACGCGUCCACUUCCUCAAAUUGUACAGAUUACAUGUGUAUAAAAUAUAUUUGUAUCACU